GGGUCAGUUGUGGAUGUGAUGGUGAAACCCGGAGACAACAUCACUUUGUUGUGCGACUGCACAUGUUCUACUGGAGUCUACACAGUGUGGUACCGCAACUGCUCUCACACAAACCAGCCCACACUGGUUCUGAAAACUUGGAAAGACAGUUUCUCCGAAGAUGAUCAAAAUGAAAUAUUAAAAUUGAUGAAUCCACUGCCUAGAUUUAAGUUCGUGAAGGACUCCAGAUCUAAAUGCUACAACCUGCACAUCACUAAUAUCACAGAGAACGAUGGAGGAUCAUACUAUUGUGGAACUCAGACGACUAAAGUUUUGGACAGUGAUAAAAUCAAAUUUGAAUUUGUGUACAACUAUGGAAACACCACAAGAAUAUUAUUCAAUAAGGAUCCAGAGCUCAGUGAACCUCUGAAGCCCGAGUGUGGACAGUGCUGGAUUCUGCUGUUUUCUGUGUGUCCAGCCCUGAGCCUUCUGUCCAUUGUGCUGCUCGUGUUUGUGAUUUAUUCAGAAUGUUUUAAACAAGACGUGAAAAGAGCAGAGACCAGAGUUCAGAUGAGCCAGAGCGAGGAUGGAGAUGUGUGUUACGCUGCUUUAGAAAUCCGCCAAAAAUCACAAAGACCAAAGAGAAAGAAAAACACCCCUGACUCUGAUUUCUGCACAUAUUCUGCCAUCAAAACCUCUCAAGAAUGAAAUACAAAGAAU